AUGUUCCGGUAACAGGACGCUCACGACAGCUGAACACUUCUACCUAGCCACAAGCCGGUCACCUCAUGCUAUGCCACCUUCAAUUUGAGCAACACUUCAUUCUCAAGCGCCUCAACGCUUGCAUCUCGGAGGGCGAUUACGUUAUAAUCAUCCAUCAAUCCGGCUUGCACCCACGAUCUGCUCGUCUGGGCGGCAGAGAUCACGUCAGUCCCGAGCCGUCGGAAAAUAUUCUUUCACACUCGGCUGCCAUCGGCGGGACGCUGAGCACGUCAAAGGCCAUCUUUGCCAAUCGGGGAUAUUCGAAUCGGCGGUCCACCCAGUACUUGAUGGGGUCGGCCUUUGGGGUAAGGUAUCUCCCCUCGGUUGAAAGAAGCCAACGAUCCAGUUCAUCCACU